CUGCAGCGCAGUUGUAACCAGAACCUUGGAAUGCGAACGCGUUUUGUUCCACCCGGCGACUCAACAACGGGAGCGAACCAUUGCCAAAAACAGGGGGAGCCGUUUUACAAGAGCGGGCUUUCGUCAACUUUUCGCGUCUGAUUAUCGAUAUGUUUGUGUGUUUCGGGAAGUGAUUGUAUGUCGUAACACAUACGCCCCAUAACUGCCCUCAAACAGCUCAGCACCGGCGACUCGAGCUCGAUGAUUAAUUCCGCGCUCCCCCAUCCAUAACUCAAGACGACUUAUUUGAUUGACGGCUCCAUAUUUUUUGUACGAUUUUUUUUUCGGUGGCUCCAGAAAGGACAAAAACGGGGCAAUACAGACAGAGAGGAAAAGAGGGAGAGAAAACAACAAACGCUGCUGGAAAGAAAGUGCGAGCUCAAGAGCGCUGGGAGGCACCCAGGGUCAAAACUGUGAAAAAUACAUAUAUAUUUCACAGACAAAGGAGUGUCGACUUUUGCUCAUUUCUUUAUUUUAGGGAAGUUGGGCACGCCGACAUCAAAAUUAUUUUGCAUAAGAGGACAGCGUAACCGAUCACCAUGACGACUGAAAUGCAGGAGAUUGCCAUCACGGAGGAGAAGCCUUUACUGCCGGGUCAAUCGGACACUGUGAAGGACGUAGAGAUCGCGGCCCGAAUACUGCUGGACCAAGGCAAGGAACACCGUGUUGAGACGCCUCUCGGCGUGCUGCACGUGAUGGUUCACGGCGCCGGAAACGUCCGCAGACCGGCCAUACUGACCUUCCAUGAUGUGGGAAUGGACAGUAAGAGCUGCUUCUCCACCCUGUUUAAGUUUGAGGAGAUGCAGGAGAUCGUGAAGAACUUUACUGUGGUCCAUGUGGAUGCUCCGGGACAAGAGGACGGCGCGGCCAUUUAUCCUGCCGGAUACCAGUAUGCAACUAUGGAUCAGAUCUCUGAUAUGCUUCCAGCUGUCCUGCAGUAUUUUAAUUUCCGCACAAUUAUCGGUGUUGGAGUCGGAGCUGGCGCUUACAUACUGUCCAAGUUCACUUUGAGUAACCCUGAGGCCGUGGAAGGGCUCGUUCUGAUCAAUGUCGACACAAACUCACGAGGCUGGAUGGACUGGGCUGCACAGAAGCUCUCCAAUCUGACGUCUUCCCUCACAGACCAAAUCCUGAGUCACCUCUUCAGUCAGGAAGAGAUGUCGGCAAACACAGAGCUCAUUCAGACUCACAGAGAGAGAGUCUCUAAAGCGCCAAACCUCAUCAAUAUCGAACUCUUCUGGAAGAGCUACCAAGGUCGCAGAGAUCUGGACAUUGAGAGGAAUAACACGUUCAAAUGUCCUGUGAUGUUGGUGGUUGGUGAUCAGGCUCCAUAUGAGGAAGCUGCGGUGGAGUGCAACAGCAAACUAGACCCAACUACGACCUCAUUCCUUAAGAUGGCUGAUGCCGGCGGGAUGCCACAGCUGACUCAGCCCAGCAAACUGACAGAAGCGUUUAAGUACUUCAUUCAAGGCAUGGGAUACAUGGCAUCGUCCUGCAUGACGCGUCUCUCGCGCUCGCGCACCACCUCGCUCUCGUCCUCCUACUCCAUGGAGGGCUCGCGCUCCCGAUCCCGCACGCUGUCCCAGGGCUCGCAGGGCGGACAGCUCCCGCCGAGCCCGUCCCAUACCAUGGAGGUGUCGUGCUGAGGAGCGCCAGAGCGGGGGAGAGAGGUGGACGGAUGAAGCGCUGGAGUCCUCUGGGAAAGUGAGUUUCGUGCGUGAAGACGGGCGGAUGAUGACGACUCUCUCCCUCCCUUCACCCUUCACCGACCCGUCAGGCAGAUGAUAGAGCCCUUUAACUCUGUGACAUGAGCGGGGCCUUUAGUGAGACCCAAAUGUAGUGUUAACCAAUAGUAAUACUUCUAAUAUGAAUACUGAUUAUUAAUAUUAAUGAUGACGAGCGUCAUUGAAAAAAAAGGAAUAAUGAUGUUUCUCUUAAUUACAUGUUGAAUUUCUAAACAAAAAAAUAGAGAAAAGAGUAUAUAAGCUCAUUAUGUUUGGCUAUCAACUUCUAUGUGAUUAUUAUUUUUUGGUGUGCUUUUUUUCUUUCGUUUUUGUAUUUUGUAUUAUUUUCUUCUGUUAUACAAUCCUGCUGCUGUGAGAGGGGUACAGUAUUUUCGGAGACGGUGGCGAAAGUUUUAGGCCGAAGUACUCGUCUCUGUAGAUGACAGCCACCUUAUGUCUUCCAUUUGCCCUUCAAAAAAGCUAUAUACAUAAAAAGCGAGAAAGAAAAAAUACUGUAAUUGUAUUAUUUUUAUUGGAUUCGUUUGGUUUCGGGGGUUAGGGCCAUUGGGGUCUUUGCCUUUUCUGAAAUGCAUGCCGGAAUUUUGUUUAUCUAGUCAGUCUAUGUACAAUUUUUUUUUUUACUUUUAAGGAUUUUACGUUCGUUUAAUGACAGUGACAGCGUGUGCGAGAGAACAAUGAAAAAGACACAGGGGUCGUUGUUUUGAAGUCAUGUGACUUGAUGUUCACAUUUUAGGCUCUUUCUGUAAUUGGAUGUAUUUUCAUAGAAACUGGAUAAAGCCUAAAUGUUGGACGGGGUUUCAGUUUAUCUGUGGGGAAUCGAUUAAAAGUGUGUAUAGGAUGGUGAUUGGGAAUAAAAGAAAUUGAUGACGGCAGCCGUAAAGGAAAGUUGUUUCAGAGGUCGAGCGAGUUUGAUGAAAGAUUAUGAAGACUAAUAACGUGCAUCCAAGAAAUGAAUAGCUUAAAGUAAAUAAAGUCGAUUUCAAGUUGACGCUCAGUUGAAAGAGAGCACAAUUAGUAAAAGAAUCGGACAAGUGCUUCCAACAUUGAGUGUGUUUACGUGUACAACGAAAUGCUGAUAACUAUAAAAAAUUAGCUCAUUGUAAAAACCCAUCUCUAGGAUUUAUUGCAAAUCAAUAAAUCAAUGAUAACGCAAGAAAAUAUGUCUGUUUACAUGAGAUUUUGACAUCCUUUUUUUCCAGUCACAAUCAAAAAUGCGCAAAAAUGUCAGCUUGCAGAAAAAAAAUAUGAAUGGUAAAUUUAGAAUUUAGGUUUAUGAACGAAAAACUACAAAUUUGUUCGGCUUGUAUGUCGUGAAUGAGCAUUUAAACCCAGUCUCAUGAGAAAACCAUCUAUUUGCGAAUUUGAACGAUUUGAUUCGUGCGAUUUUUAGAACUUAUAAAAUUCGCCAAAUUGUAAAAUACUUACAAACUGUCAUGAGAGUGUCUUGGUCAUUUACAUGAUCAGGUGUUUUAGAGGCUUUUCCAAAUAAAAAAAGGCCGCCGUUUAAGGAAUUAUUAAGCGUUGAUGCAAAGUCACACAAGUAAACACACUCAUUCACAAGGCCAGUUCUAAAGCAAUCACCUCAACUACUAGUUUGAGAAAUAAAAUACCUGCAGGAUGGAUAAUAAUUAAUGAAUAUUGCAUUCAUUACAUUCAUACACUGCAGUGUGUCUUUUUCACCCGAGGUGGUGAUUUCGUAUGAAUUCAUACGAUAUGAUUCGUACAUAAACAUAAAAUUUAAAGAAUAGAAAUAAUCAUACAAGUCCACCUCUAAACCUAACAGUCAGUGCAUACAAAUUCAUACAAACUAGCCACCAAUUCGCCAAAACGUAAAAUGCUUAGGCCUACGAAUUGCUAUGAGAGUGUGUUGCGAGUUUUUGGAUGUGUAGCCCACCUUAAAUUGGUGGACAUAUUUUUUAAAGUACAGUGGAGUACAAUAUCAUUGUACAGCAGAUAUGACUAUAAUCACCAACUAGUAGCUAGUCUACUGUGGUAUAUAACAAAGAUAACAAAGGCCAAUAGUUUUGCCACCUGAUACCAUCAAAGUGCCAUGGUACGGCCACGGUAUUUUGUUGUAACCCUGCUAGUCUGCUAGAAGUGUUUGGAUGGAAACGUUGAGGGGGUCCUCAUGGUGACGGUGACGUUUGUCUUUCAAUGGGAGUUCCUCAUUUUAAGGUAACUUGAGAGCGCUAGUACUGGUUUCAAGUAAAGCCAUGGUGUGAUCUAAUGCUGAACCAUAGAGACAAAAACAGUGUGUGUGGGCAUGCCUGAGUGUGCGUGCAGUGCUUUAACCUUAAAGCACGAUAAGGGAAUUGCGUGCAAAUUUGUUCAGAAGAAUGAUGGCGCAUCAGAGCGCUUGUGUCAAAUUCACUUUGCUGAUUAACCAGCCCCUUCACUGCCAACAGGGUUUAGCCAUGUUAGUUACCCAUUAUCUCCAAGAGCUUUUCCAAUCGGCAAGCCAUUGAGAUUAGCAGGUUAGCGUAGCUGCAAUAUUUAAACUUUAAACCUAUAGAAUUUUCGUUGUAGAGUGCUCGAAAGAAUACCGAAAUCACUGAGUUUGUGCGAUAUUGCUAACACUUGCCAAUGACAACAAUAGACCAAAACCUCUCAACUGCUAAUGCAUUGUAACAAUCACGUUCAGCAAAACCCUGAACAUGACAAUAAAUCGGAAUAAUCAACGUUAAUUGGAAAGUUCCUUCAGUGUUCAUUUAAAUUUUUUAUCCCGUUUUAGAGCUGUUUCUCUUGUUCAUGACAGAAUGUUGGUUUUAGUGGGUUGUGCAAGCGGGAAACCUGGUAUUCUUCUUCUUUCUUUCUAAUGGAAAUUUGAAUGGAAUUUUGAUAACUGCGUUCAGCAUAAAGACUGCAAGAUCAUCCCAGAUUCACAAUAGCCUUUACCAAAAAUAGAAAUAGAUCUGAAAUUUUUGCCAAAUACAUAGAGAAAUAACCAUAAUAAAGGUGAGAUUAAUGGCACAAUAAAAUAAAAAGAAUGGGGAAAGGAAUAGAUUACGUCGUGGCGUGUGUUGGGACGGUGUGAAUGUAAAUGUGUGUCCCUUUUGUAUUUUUAACUCUCCUCAAUGAAACCCUUUUAUUUUCUGUGAAGUAGAUUUACGUCUCAAUGUCCUCAUGGGUUAGACAUCAGUGUGCUAGUUCUUGUGUAACUUUUUUAGCUUUAGCACUAAAAAAGGAAAUAAUGUAAUUAACAAAAAAAUAAUAAAAUGUUAUGAAUAACAGAAUGCAAUCAAAAUUGCAAAUAAUUGUGUGGCUAAUUUCUCUGUGUAAUACUAUGAACAACUGGAAAAAGGUAAUUAAAGGGAUCAAAAUGA